UCUGUUAAGGGAGAAUCUAUUCUAUUUAUUUUAUUAAAUUUAAGUCUAAAAUGGUUGUAUCAUUUUUAUUGGGCUCAAUUUUAGACGAAUUUAUGAAAAAAUGUGAAGAACGGAAUUUGGAAGUCGACGAGAAAUUUGCCUACAAUUAUCUACAUUUGUUGGCACGUGACUCACGUGAUGGACUGCCUAUGCGCAAGCUGACAUCUUGUGACAUAGCUUAUUUCAUAGAGGGGGCCUUGAGGAUACUUGAAAAUCCUUUAGAUCCGACAGGUUGUACUUUUAAGAUGGUAUACUCCGUCAACAAUUGCAAGGAACUGGAAAACGAGUUUUUAACUGAAAAAUAUGAGAAGGAAUUUGAACAAAAAUUGCAAUUUUUCCUGCAUGAUAUUCUGCAGUAUCCAGAAAACAGCAAUAAGAAGCAAAUUGAGGAACUUUUCCAUAAAAUGAUCAUUUUUACAAUAAUAAAUUUUACGAUGGGCGAUCCUAAAGAUUCUGUGCUCUUGAGAAACGGUAAGCAAGCGUUAAGCAGUGUCAUUGGUGCCGAUGACUUAAAAACUUACAUACACAAAAAACGCUACAAUCGCGUGGCUUAUUUGAAACGCUUAAGUGAAACUGUGUGUGGUAUUAUGUUGUAUACUGCAUUAGGUCCAAGCAAUAACCAUGAAGGAAUACGAGAUUUGAUUGGUGAUCUUGAAAUGGCAAAAAAUAAUACAAAAAAAUCUUUGAAGGAAGCGGAAGCAGAUGUUAUGAAACUAUCCGAAAUGUCCGUUGAUGGUAUAUCAAAAAUGAUUCAGCUAGAUUCCGAAAAACGCACUAUAAGUUGUACUUGGCCUAUGGAAAAACUUCGAUUAUUAAACAAAUAUACUGUAUUAUUUGAGGUGUAUACAAAAUUUUUGAAACAAGUAAUAGAAAAAUUUGAAAAAUGCGAGGUACAGAUUAAGUUUAAUAUCGAGAAGUUCACAUGUGUCAUAAAUAGGAUCAUAGAAUUACUGAAGUUUCGUACAGCAAUUAACAGAGAAGUUAUAUUUCCUCAUUUCAAUUACUUGUCCAAACUGUGGAAUAACUUAAAUUUUAACCUAAAUGUAUUAGUUGAAAUUAACAGAAUUAAAGAUAUAAUGGACGAAUAUAAUUCCGAAUCUAUACGCAAAAAUUUUUUAGAAAUACUUAAAACUAGCGUCAAAAAAAGUAUGCUAACAAAAUCACCAUUAGUUUAUACAUUUAAAGAAAAUCUUAAAGAAAUAGAACGAAGGGAACUCAAAACUAAUUUUAUGGCAAUACCGUCAAUAAUAGAGAAACACUGUUCUCUAACUAUAGCAUUAACUCAGGGGGUUCUAUUACCAGGUACCAUAAACAAGCAGAUAUGUGACAAUAUGAAGAUCAAGUUUGGUUUUUCUAAUCUUGGUCUAUCGAAAUUCGCGCAACGUCACUUUGAGGAGUUUAUACUUAAGUUGAAUAAUACGAUUUUUACAUCAAUCGAUCUAACAUUAUUAUACAAUUUAAUGGAUAUUAUUCUUAAACGGGAUCAUGAGAAUGAUGUCAAAGAUGAUCCUAAAUUUAAAAAUAUCGACACGCAAACUGAAAUGGUUAUAGUUAACGAUUUAAUACCAGCAAACAAAAACGAUUCCACUUUCAAUAAGUGGGAUCUUCAUCGUGAAACUAUUCAUUUGGCAAAUAUUAAGAAAUCACAAACGCAUUCCACACAAACAUCAAUUUCGUAUGGUCAACGUGAUUCCACAACUCAAACUUACCGUCCUAAGGAUAAUCCCUAAAUAUUAAUUCUUAACGAAAUAUAUUUCUUACGUACCUUUUGU